AUGCCUGCGGUGGCUGCUCCCGCUCGCUUCUACUCCGACAAGCCCUCCCCUGAGGCGAAGGCGUCGUCGCUCAUUGACGCGCUCCCGGGCAACUCGCUGGUCUCGAAGACCACCUGGGUCACUCUCGGUGCCGGUCUCACUGCCUUCACCGUCUCGAACGAGCUCUACGUGGCCAACGACGAGACCGUGAUCUUGGCUGGUUUCCUGAUCUUUGCGACUCUCGUCGGUCGCUCGGUCGUCCAGCCCUACCAGGACUGGGCUAACUCGACGAUCGACAAGAUCGCCGGUAUCCUGAACGAGGCCCGCGCCGGCCACACCAAGGCCGUGCAGAACCGCAUCGACCAGGUCUCGCAGAAGUCCGAUGUCGUGGACGUGACCAAGGGUCUCUACGCCAUCGCCAAGGAGACGAUCCAGGCCGAGAAGGACGCUUAUGAGCUCAAGCAGCGCACCGCCAUCGCUGCCGAGGUCAAGCAGGUCCUCGACUCGUGGGUGCGCUACGAGGCCCAGCAGCGCGAGGCUGAGCAGAACCUGCUCACCGAGACUGUCAUCCGCAAGGUCACCGAGAGCCUUGCUGACGACAAGGUGCAGAAGCAGAUCCUCGAGAGCGCCGUUGCGGACGUGGAGAAGCUUGUCAAGGACAAGAAGAUCUAA